CGCCGCCAUUACAAACAAGGAAGUAAGAAUGUACAUGUAGAUACUUCAAGGAAAUAAAUCCGAUAGAUUGAUUACAGACUUGGUUGAAGAAGAGGGAAGGCAGUGCCAGGGGAUUCAGCAUGUGCAGCAAAGGUAGAAAUAUCACCGGCGUGACUUUCUUCUUUGUCGUAUUUCUCGCCGUGAUUGGGCUGCUUCAUAGCGCACCAGCACGUCGGUCGUUUGAAGGACAGACAAUUGGCCGAGAUAAGGUGAACAUGAAAAGGAGAUCCUCUCCUUCUAAUAGCACUUUGCCGCCAUAUAACAACUUUUCACCAACAUAUUGCAACUUCUCCGUAUUUAAAUCCGAGUCGUUUCAUCCAGUGAAAGAGUUCAACAGACUUGUAAAAAAGGGCGCCAUUUUCGUCUAUCUAAAGCUGGAUUUCGUAAACGUUAAGUUUGAUGACCCUUCCUCGACCUACUUGGAGGACAUUGGAAACAUUAUUGAUCCACUGACUUGGGUGUGGUCCAAAGGAGGUAGGGGGAAACUUUUACUUGGUGCUCCCUUCAAUUUCAACAUGAUUUCGUUGACAACAUUAAGUCAUGGUGUAUUCUCAUUAACAGUGAAGAUAAAUGCAUCUUCUGUUUGCAACGAACCAAAUUCGACUGAUGAGGACACACUCAAAGAGAUCAAAGGACUUCUACAAGACAUGACGAAAGGAGAAAAUGACGCACGUCAAGCUGAAGUGUAUGAUGAUGAUGGGGAGAUAAUAUGUCUCGAGAAACAAAUGUAUCAGACGAACGAUAGGUUGUUUGCAAGCCCAUUCAAAUUGAUGGAAGAAACAAGUGCAUAUGACUGUUGGCAGAGAGGCGGUGACCAGGUUAGAGUGGUGCGUACCGAAUUCUGGCUAACUUGGAUCCGCGUAAUUGGCAUCAUCUUGGCUCUGUUUGCGCCGAUGGCCGUGAGAUUUCUUCAACAGAAAAAUCCACCAGAGAGCGAUGAAAAUGGGGUCGACAGGCUCAGUCUGGAAUCAGAUCUCCCAAUUGGACUAAAAUAUACGCUAUUUAACUGGGGAAACAGCAAUAUACUGGUUUUCACAUUAAGGUACUUUGUGUUUGUUGGGUUGUUUAUAGUGAUGGAAUAUGUUCCCCAAUGUCUCUUGACAAAUACAGAGAGCUAUUCAAUGAGAAACAAUGCACUUCAUCGCUGUAAGCUCAUUGACACCUUUACAGAAACAUGGUAUAAUGUUGGCAUUAACUUAUUCACCAUUAUCUUUCAUUUGAUAAUACUGUUUACAUGUGUUAAAGGAACGGUGCACACGACGAGGACCGGUACUCACAACAGACUCGAAACACAUGAAGAGUCGCAAUCAUUUGAGCACCGUUUCCAAAAUUUCUUUGAACAGGACAUGUUAGGUUAUAGAGCAAAGAUGAUACUUAAUGUGAAAUGUUGGUCGAAGCUAGUGUUGUACAGCUGGCCAUUGGUCAUUAUUAACCGCUGCAUCCAUAGUCAUAUUGACAGUGAUGUCUGUCUUGGUUUGUUAAGUGUGUUGUUGUAUCUUCCGUGUGUCUUAUUGUCAUUGGUGUACUUUGCAGCAGAAACUUUGCCCUUAUUGUUUUUUCUGAAAUUUUUUAUUCAACUGUUUCUCCCAAGGGGGGUUAAAAAAAUAUCAGUUUUAGGUUUUGUGUUACCUUAUUUGUUGGGUAUCUAUACUUGGACCUAUAAGUUGGUGAUGAACCUUUUCUAUGUUGCAGAAGUACUUGUGCACACUUUUAUGGGCACUGUGAUAAAUGCUGACAAGGUCGGCCCAUAUGUGAUGACAAUGUUGGUUUUGGCUAUGUACGUAGUUGAUGCAGUUACGAGUUUUUACGACGGAUAUCACAUCUUACUAAGUGACGUCAUGAAGGAGGCAGACGCCCUGAUGGAUGAGGCAGAGGUCCGCUCCGCAAGACGCAUGAUAAACAAUCAGACGAGUCUUGGAGAUGGAGGAAAUAAAUACAUGGGUGUUAUUGAAGAAAAAGAAAUUGCGACCCCUCUCGUCAAAUAUAAAAAAAACGGAAUACCGACAAUUGAGCUUCAGUUGUUUUGGCUGAUUGUUGAAAAAUACCGGCCAGUCAGGGUGCACGUUGCCAGGAUAAUGCUACAAGUCAUCGGCAUCACAUUAUUGGCCGUGUUUUGGGUAAACCUUCUGGGAGAGACUGACUCUGUACAUAAUAAUAUAUCUACCACUGUCAAAAUUUUCUCUACUGUAUUAUUGGCUGGGUUAUUUCCAUUAGUCAACCAUUUGCUGAAUUCAACCGCUUCUCAAGAAUUCAGCGCUGAGGCAAGGAAGACAAAAAUAAGGAUGGACAUUUUGAACAUUGUAAUAAACGGUAAAUUGAGCACAACAACACCUAAAGAGAUACUGCGACUCCCAAAAUGCAUCCGACCAGAACUGUGAGAUUUUUAAAGCCAUUGGACACUUUCGGUAAACAGUUUGUCCAAAGGCCCACACUUCGUGUACCACAA